GACGACGUCAACUCCUACCCCACCCUCUUGUUGCUUCAGAUCCCUCUCUACCUCUACCUUCUUCUCCACUAGUAGUUAGGGUUUCAUUAUCUCACCCUCCACUAGUAUUUUUUAUUUUUACUUUUUUCUCCUUCAUAUAUACAUACACUUAAGGAUAUUCAUACUACUGUGUCUGCAUAGAUCGAAAUCGAAUCAUCUGUGAAGAUUGAGUUACGCGUUUUGAUUUGAUUUGAGUUUGUUUUGUUUUGUUCUCUUCUGUUCUGUUCUUGAGGCAUUGGUGGUGGUUUCCCAAUCGAAAGCAGGCUUGUUGCAACCGAAAUGGUGGUUUCUGGACCUCUAACACCUGGACAGGUGUCCUUUUUGCUUGGAAUCAUCCCUAUAUUUGUUUCUUGGAUUUACUCGGAGUGGCUGGAAUACAAGAAAUCUUCAUCCCCAUCUAAACUUCAUUCAGACAAUAGUUUGGUUGAAUUGGAAACUGUGGUAAAUAAGGAAGAUGAUCGGGCUGUUUUGCUGGAAGGAGGCCUCACAAAGUCAGCAUCAAGGCCACCUGGUGCUUCCAUUAGAGCAAACUUAAUUAGAUUUAUGACAAUGGAGGAAUUAUUUUUACUUGAAAAUCGAGCAACCCUACGAGCAAUGUCAGAAUUUGGGGGAAUUUUAUUCUAUUUCUACUUGUGUGAUCGCACCAGCUUAAUUCCAGAAUCCGCAAAGAGCUACAAUCGCGAUCUUUUCCUGUUCCUGUACCUUCUUCUUAUCAUUGUUUCAGCAAUGACUUCUCUGAAGAAACAUAGCGAUAAGUCGGCAUUCUCGGGAAAGUCGAUACUUUACCUCAAUCGGCAUCAAACAGAGGAGUGGAAAGGAUGGAUGCAGGUUCUCUUCUUAAUGUAUCAUUACUUUGCUGCCACUGAGAUAUACAAUGCAAUUCGUGUUUUUAUUGCUGCCUAUGUCUGGAUGACUGGUUUUGGGAACUUCUCCUACUACUACAUCCGAAAGGAUUUCAGUAUUGCACGAUUUUCGCAGAUGAUGUGGAGGCUGAACUUUUUUGUGGCAUUUUGUUGUAUAGUUCUUAACAACGACUAUAUGCUCUAUUAUAUCUGUCCCAUGCACACGCUUUUUACUCUUAUGGUGUAUGGAGCACUUGCUAUUGGAAGCAAAUAUAAUGAGAUAAGAUCAGUGAUGAUUACAAAGAUCCUUGUAUGCUUUCUCGUUGUUAUCUUGGUGUGGGAGAUUCCUGGAGUCUUUUACGUAAUUUGGAGCCCAUUUGCAUUCCUAUUAGGUUACAGUGAUCCUGCAAAACCAGAUCUCCCUCGAUUGCAUGAGUGGCAUUUUAGAUCUGGGCUAGAUCGCUAUAUAUGGAUCAUUGGGAUGAUUUAUGCAUAUCUUCACCCCAAUGUUGAAAAGUGGAUGGAAAAACUUGAGGAGUCAGAUAGCAAGCGGAGACGCACCGUCAAGGCAUCCAUUGUUUCAGUAUCUGUUCUGGCUGGAUACAUGUGGUAUGAAUACAUAUACAAGUUGGACAAGGUUACAUACAACAAAUACCACCCCUACACAUCAUGGAUACCUAUAACUGUCUACAUUUGCUUGAGGAAUUUCACUCAACAUCUUCGGAAUUUCUCAUUAACUCUCUUUGCGUGGCUUGGUAAGAUUACUUUGGAGACGUACAUCUCUCAGUUCCAUAUCUGGCUAAGAUCAGAUAUCCCCAAUGCACAGCCAAAGUGGCUUCUCUCAUUUAUCCCAAAUUAUCCUAUGCUGAAUUUCAUGCUUACCACUGCAGUUUAUGUCUUGAUAUCCUGUCGGCUAUUUGAACUGACAAACACACUGAAAUCAGUUUUCAUACCCACAAAAAACGAUAGACAGUUGCUUUACAAUUUUCUUACUGGAGCAGCUAUUUUUGGGUGUUUAUACUUCAUUGCGUUCAUUGUUGUUCGCAUUCCUCAAUAAUCGGCACGAUGAAGUCCGAAAAUAUAUAUCCUGUUUAAAAUACAAAGCAUAUAUACUUGGAACAAUGUAAUUCCACUGUACACGUCUAAAUUCCAUACCUGUCUCACAAUUUUGGAGAAGAUGAUCGUGGUUGAUUUCCUGUGGUCUGCUCUUGAAGAAGAAUGGCAAGAAGUCUAGUCGGGCAUCGUAAAAGGUAAUUCUUUUGUAAUCUGCAUUUCAUCGUAGUUUGUCGAGAAGGAGAAGAAAACAUGUAAGUAAGUGUAAUUUAGAUUCAUGGGGAAGCCAUUGUUACAGGUCAAGGAUAUUGGUUGGUUGUAGAAAGACAAAACCUCAUGUUUUGUUAGUUAGAUCAUGUGUUUGGGUUUUUGCAUUAUUGAAGCUUUUGGUGUAUUUGUAACAGCAU